UUUUUUUCUCUGUUCUUGUGUAUCUCUCAGUCCAUGGACAAACUUCCCGAUGAUAUAGCCCUCUAUAUACUGAGUCGACUCGACGACUCGGCCGAUGUAGCUCGCUGCCGACUAGCUUGGAAGACGUUCAAUACUGUCUCUCCAGAACUUCGAUCAAUCAAUAUUCAAUGUUCAUUGGAAAGGUACAUCAAAUCAAGGUCUAAGUUAUCGAAUUCUUCAAGUUCGUCACAAUCUGUUACUCCCUUCAAGACAAUUUUCCUCAAUCUUGUAUCGAAAUUGAGGGUUGUCGAUUCGGUCUGUAUAGGCACCGAGAAACCACUCCGAAAUGUGUCGUACGAUGACGUUGAGGACGAGAAUGAUGAUCUGUACCUCACCCAUGGAGAUUUUGUUAAGGAGUGGCUACCUAGGGUUUGCGGAAGGUUGAAAUCGCUUUCAAUUUCUGACUUUUGGAUUCAAUCUUGUUGGCGUCGAUCGGACCUGUUGCCUCUAGUUUCUGCGUAUUGUCAUAAUCUUCUUGAAUUAGAGGUGAAGAACGCAUGGCUAUCAGUAGAAAACAUGAACCCAAUGCCAAUGCUAACAACUUUAACACUUGAAUUCAUAAGAUUAGACGAUGAAGACCUAAACAUGUUGAACAAAUCCUUCCCAAAUCUUCAAGUUCUUAACUUGGUAGGUGUGGGUGGUCUCAAACUCCCCAAAAUCAACCUUCUUAACCUCAAAACCUGUCACUGGACUGUAUCAAAUGCCCCAUUAUCUUUAACCCUAAUCACACCCACACUCAUCACACUAAGACUCGAAUGCAUAAGACCCACUUCACUUUACAUCGAAGCUCCCAUGUUAUCUCAUCUCCAUCUUGCCCUUGAUCAUGCCGACUCAUUUACAAUCAAAAAGUUCCAAAAUUUAAAAACCCUUUGGCUCGAGUCUUUAUACAUCAGAUCCUUACUCUUAAAAUUCCCAUUUACAAAAACAGUCGAAAAUCUAACAGUGGAUUCACGAAAGUGGGAGAGAGGGGCAGUUGGGUUUUCCAAAUUUACCCUUGAGAAGGUGUUCACGGUUUUCCCGAAUGUGAAUUCUUUAUGUAUUAACUCAAGUCUGUGGUCGGAAUUAGAGGCGUGUUAUGAUGUGGAUAGUUGGGAGACAUGGGAUAGGAGAAAAGGGUUGAAAACAUUUUGUGCAUAUUUGUUGUUGGUUGACCCUUUGUUGACUUUUUCAUCGGUUGCUUCUUUGUUGGAUCAAUGUGUGGGGUUGGUUGAUGUUUCAUUGCUUAUACAUCAUGAUGUUGUUGCUAAUGUAUCAAAAAGCUUUAUCUUAAGGUGUACAUCUCGGUGGCCGGAAGUGAAUUGGAAAUGGGGAAUUUGGAGAGAAGGAAUGGAAGUUUCUUGGAUAACCAAUUGGUAAUUUUUUUAAUAAUCUUCUCAUGGUUGUUGGAUCAUAAAAAAUGAUUUUUUGCUUGUCUUUGUGUUAUAUUUAGAUAAGUAUUUUGUAAAUACGAUCAUAUGUAUGUUAUAUCUUUGGUUUUACUAGAUAAUAUAGUAGCUGGUAUCUAUGUUUAUGGUUUA